AAAAUUAUUUUUUGAAAAAUUUGUWAAAUGAAUUAACUUGCUUAACAAGCUGCAAGUCUUACUAUGUUAWAUAUAAAUGGUCUGUGUUGCAGUUAAUUCGCCGUAUUUUCGCUAGCUUUCUUAAUUAUGCCGCUUAAAACAUGGUGACAACAAUAAAAAUCACUUGUGACGGUGUAUUCAUACAAUCCAAUUCGUAUCUUACGCCUACGGUGUCUGGCAACGCUGUUGCGCAUCAUCGUACGCAUACAAACAAUAUUGCGCAACAUUUGCCCAAGUCGCCAACAUCGCUACCAACAACAACGACUGCAACAUCGUUCGCCAUUUGCAGCGACGAUCAAAGCAACUCGGACACUAGUUCUAACGAGUGUGAACAUCGAUUGCGGCAGAGUUUCAGGCACACAAACUCACCGAAAGUCGCACUUAUAUCGGCGACAAUUAGCAGYUGCAACAAUAUAAACAACAGCACUGUAUUUAACUCUUACUCCUCCAACACAUCCUCAUCCUCUUCGCAUUCAUCCAGCAACUCACACACCUCCAACGCUACGCAACGCCAACGACGUCAACGACGCAGUAACUCCAGUAGUCCACGCGACUCAUUCAAAUUCAUUACGCCUGAAACUGUUAGGACGAUACCWCACGACAAAGCGGUAGAUUCGCGUCGUCGUUACUAUUACAACGGCACAGGCGCCAGCGUCGCUGGCAACAGCMACAGCAACAUUUAUUGGUGCAAACAGGCCCUCAUCGGCAGCAGUGGUAAAGGCAGCGUUGGCAGUUAUGAGCAUGCAAAUAGCGCACAGAAGCGUCGCGCACAUACUGCUGAACACGUUACGUUGACCCGGAGCGYCAGUAGUACUACGCCCCAUAAAGAGUUUCGAAACGCGCCCCCRUCAACAACAGCAGCGACAGCGGCAGGUGUGGCCAAGGUGGUGGCGGUGCGACGAGAAAGCAAUGAACAACCGUCGGACGGCGACAAAAGUGACAACCAAAAAAGCAAUAAAAACAGUAACCGUGACACAUCACUUGCGGUUGGCGUCUGGCAAAAAGCGCACAUAGGCCUUUAUUACAGCGCUAACAAACCACCAGUAAAGAAUAACAAUAAUGAAGACACUCAUGCAAACGGUGACGAUGGUGAUGACACUCCAGUGAAAGCCGUAGCAAGACAAAGUGACAACARCACAAAAAUCAACCAAAAAAAUAAAAGCGCUAACUGCAGUGUGUAUACUGACAAAGUGAGUUCUUCUACAAGUUCUAUAUCCGACUGCACUACGUCGCGAAAUUCAAAAGCGAACUCUAAGCCGAAGGCGCAUGUGAAAUGUGUAUCAACGAAACGCGUAUCGGCCAACGGUGGUGUGUCGUCCGCCGAUACAACACGCCUCUUUAAUUUCCUACGUGCAGCGCGUAAAUUUUAUCGUAGUGCCGCGAAUASUGAUCUGGUAGAUGGUACUCAAAAUUCCGCUGAUAUAGUGGAUUUUGGGUGUGCGCAACAGCAACAGUCCGAGCACCCUAAGCGUCGUUCUUCGUUGGCGGCCAUAAACGAUCGGCUGGAGAUUGCAGAUUAUAAUAAGUCAUCAGCUGAUGCUUUAAGCCAAAUAACCGGGUCUUUAAAUGAUGAUUGGUCUGGCGAGGACGCUUUAAUUUCGAAAGAAAAUCGUCACCCAAAAAGCAUUAGUAAGAGUCAGCACUCGUUUAAGGAACUGCAGGCGCAGACAGAACAACAGCAAUCGCCCACAACUGGCUUAAAGCUCACAAGCGCAGCAGCAGCAGUUUCAAAUUCCCGCCGUAACACUAACGAAGUAACAGCGACUGCCGCAAAUACCCAAAUUCCAACAGACAGUAGAACACCAACGACCAAAGUAACCUCAGCAACUCAGCAAAAGCCAAACACACCUCAAAUCAAACAACAGACAGUGCAACAGCUUAAACAGGUGCAGCAACUGAGUGGCCGCAAUAGCAGUCACAAUAAUAGUAAACAUAAUACUGCUGCGAUAGAAUAUCACCACAACAGCGUCGACGUUUGCAGUGAAGCGCCAACUUCAAAGAAUUUCGCUAAACUCGUCGGUAGCGCCACUGCGGCGACUGGAUUAUCGUGUACACGUACAACAACUGGUGUAGUGCCAACGCCAGCGACGUCAACGGCUGUCACGCCGGCGUCGUCGUCUGCGUUCACAACCUCGCCAAAAGCGAGCAAUAAAAAAGUGAUGCACAGUCACGCCACGGCGACCCAACAUAGCGGACAAACAACAGUGGUUGGUCAUCAUCGCGGCUUCUCGCAACCAUCUGUGACAGUGGCGGCCAAUUCAGCAGGCGAUCCAUGGUUUUUACAAUCCACCGGGCAUCAAAUGCCGCCGACAGCGCCUUUGCGACAUAAUAAACGUCCCGCGCCGCAACCCAAUCACGCUAACAGCGUGGGUGGCGCUGGCCUAGGAAUUGGCGUUGGCGUGGGAACAGGCGGAGGUGGUGGCAUUGCCGGUGCGGGGAGCAUCGGUUUGGCGAACUCUAGCGGCGUUGGUGCUAAUUUAUUGCAUCAACAGCAGCUGAGUCAAUCGCAGCCUCACAUUGUACCGCCGAAUAUUCCGCCGCAUCAUCACAACAAUGUGAGUCAACAUCACAACGCAAUCCAUUUGUCCUCGCAUGCACUUAAUAGUCAUAAUUUAAUAUCGACCGCGGUUGGUAGCAAUCAUUCACCAAAAUCACCCAAUCAACAACAACAACAGCAGCAUCAUCAUCAUCAGCAGCAACAACAGCAGACGGCACAAUUAACCGGCUCUACGCCACAGCCGCAUGCACAUGCACACGUUUUAUCCACCUUUGCACCAACUGCCGCUAAUUGUGCGCCCACGGGUGGUGUGACAGCUGCCGCGGUGGCCGCCGUCACACAACAGCAACAGCAGCACUUGCAGUUGCUGGCAAAUGCUUCCAGCAAUAGUAACAAUAAUCUGAUGUCGUCCUCAUUGAAUGCGGCGCAGCAUAGUGCCGCCUUAUCGUUACAUGAGCGCGGCUUACCACCAAAAAGUGGCGCCCAUGUGGCCGGUUUGGGCGUCGGUUUGCACAGUAGCAAUAUGCUAUUGCAUCAAACACAAGCACCCACAUCGCUUACGAGCAGCCAGCAACAAACGCAAUCGGCGAUAUCGCUGAACACAGCUGGGGGGAGUAGUAGUGCUGGUGGUGUGGCUGCUAGUAGCGGUAGCUUAACUGGUACAAGCAUGUCCACAUCUUUGCACAGUUUUGAUAGUGGCAGUUCGGCGGGCAAUGCCUGGGCAAGUAAUGCUAACGUAGCAGCGGCAGCUUUGCACUCACCCACUAACGCUUUAGGAGGCGGGAAUCAACAUCAUUUACAACCUCAACGCAAAUGUGAGGUUAAACUGAACGCAAUGCCUUGGUUCCAUGGCAGCAUAACACGCGACGAAGCCGAACAUCUAUUGCAACCACGCGAAGACGGUCUCUUUUUGGUGCGUGAAUCGACGAACUUCCCGGGCGACUAUACGCUAUGCGUCUGCUUUCAGGGCAAAGUGGAACAUUAUCGUGUCAAAUAUUUGGGAAAUAAACUAACCAUCGACGAUGAAGAGUAUUUUGAAAAUCUGGGGCAAUUAGUUGCGCAUUAUGAAGCUGAUGCCGAUGGCCUUUGCACACAACUCAUCAAAUGUUUACCCAAGCAGGGAAGACAGGAGUUCUGCAUUAAUUCAAAAGAUUUCCUUGAUAAGGGAUGGGUAAUACCGGAGGCUGAUUUGCAGCUACGCGAAAGCAUUGGCAAAGGCGAGUUCGGUGAUGUGAUGUUGGGUAUAUUGCGCAGUGAAAAAGUCGCCGUUAAGAUGCUUAAGGAUGAGGGCGCUGUGCAAAAGUUCUUAGCAGAAGCCUCUGUUAUGACUACAUUAGAGCACGAAAACUUGGUAAAAUUCAUAGGUUUGGUGUUUACCAGCAAACACAUUUACUUGGUAACGGAGUAUAUGAGCAAAGGCUCGCUGGUCGAUUAUCUACGUUCACGUGGACGGCAGCAUAUUACGAAAAAGGAUCAAAUCAAUUUUGCCUACGAUACCGCCUCCGGCAUGGAAUAUUUGGAAGCUAAAAAAGUCGUGCAUCGCGAUUUGGCCGCACGCAACGUACUUAUUUCCGAAGAGUGCGUUGCCAAAGUGUCCGAUUUUGGUUUGGCGCGUGAAGAAUGCUAUAAUCUGGAUGUGGGCAAAUUGCCCAUAAAAUGGACGGCGCCAGAAGCGCUCAAGAAUGGUCGUUUCUCCAACAAAUCCGAUAUGUGGAGUUUUGGUAUUUUGCUAUGGGAAAUCUAUUCAUUCGGUCGAGUUCCUUACCCCCGCAUACCCCUCAACGACGUCGUCAAACACGUUGAAGUUGGCUAUAAAAUGGAAGCACCCGAGGGUUGUCCACCAGAAAUCUAUGAGAUGAUGCGGCAGGCGUGGGACUUGAAUCCCUCGAAACGUCCAACAUUCUCCGAACUGAAAGUUAAAUUGUUGCACCUGAAGAACACUACACCAGCGUGAGAACAUAAUUGCAAUGCACUACGAGUGUAGGGUGUGACAGUCAAACAAACUGGAAACAGCAAACAUUUAAAACAAUCCAAUCCAAUCGAAGUGAGCAACUUAAAUUACCAAGUAAWAAACACACACAUACAUAUAUAUUUAUGAAUUAUGAUUAAUAUUAUUUAAGGUUAGAAACACUAAGGCAAGGUUAUAAAUUAAAAGAAAGGGACAUUUAUUGGUAAGCAUAAAAUUGUAAAAUGUUAGAUUUCAGCAAUUUAUUUGUUUUUAUUUGUAUUGUUUUAAGUAAAUAUAUUUGCAAUUAAAUUAAGUUAAAAAUGUAAGAAUAAGCUGGGUAACACACUUUUGAACGGCGUUGUAGUAAAUACCUAUUGUGUAAUAGAAGGCAAAUGAUAGCGCUAGAUUCGCCAAUGCACGUGCGUACCCAUUGAAAAUUGAACGAUAGCAGCUAGUUGAAAAAUUAAAUGUGAAUUAAAAAUUAAAUUUAAAAACUACAUAAAUCAAAAAAUUAUAGUAUAGAACAUAAAAUAAAUAUAAAAAUUUGUCUAGUUUUCAUGAUUAUUUAUAUGCGUAUAUUUGUUUUAGUUUCUAAUUACAAUAACUAUGUAGUGCUACAGCACUAUUUACUACUACUAUACUACUAUUUAACACUGCUGCUACGACAAUUCUAUGCUAAGUUUACUUACGUUAUUUAUACGAAGACACAUUAGCAAACACACACACACAUAUACUAUGUGUUUAAUCCAUAUUUUUUUUUUAUAAAUAUGUAAUAUUAUUGUGAACUUGUGGACAUGAAUGUAAUAAAAUGUUAAUUUGCUUACAAAUUAUAGUUUGAAGAGAGUAUGUGAGAACUUGAAGUGACAACAGGAAAUGAGCCAGCAAGCAUUUCAUGUAAAAUUAAACAAUUACAGGUAUAAGAUGACUCAAAUAUUCGCACAUGACAGCCACACAAAAGUAUAAACAAAUACUACAGAAUUCUUUCGUAAUUCAAAAUUAGCAGAAAUAAGUUUUAUAAAAAUUUAAGGAAGGAGUAUAAAUCACAUCAACUAAAUUUUUUUUUUUAAUAAUCUUUGACAUAAAAAUAUUGAUUCUAUAUACAAAUAUAUAGCUCAACUAUUAUAAUCAUACGUCAAUUUGAAUUUGAAACGAAACGAUAAACAAAAUUUGAUAUUAAAUUACAAUUAGAUAGCUGUGUAAACAACGCAAAACCAUUUCAAACUUUGAAACCAUUUCUCUGAUUUCAAUUUAUGUACUCAAAUAUUUGUUUCGAACUGCUGCUGAUCGUUACCCAGAUGUUUAUAAAUUAAUCUGCUGCUACUACUAAUUUUCUUAAAAAAAAAACGUAUGUAUUCUCUCUGAAUUGUCUUGUCUCUUCGCUCAAGUUAUACUYGUUUACAUAACUCUGCUGUAUAAAUGCGUUGCUUGUGAAACAAGCAAAGUGAAUAACUAUUUAAGAAAAAUUUAUUUACAUUAUGUAAAGGGUUUCCAACGACAGCAAAAAACCACACAUAUACAUAUUUACAUACAACUCAUCCUCAUAUCAUGAUCAUACAAACACUUAUUUAACAUUAAUUAAUUUAAACAAUUAUGUAAUUAUACGUGUUAAGAGUAUAUGUACAUAACGCAUUUCAUUUAGAUGYGUGUAUUUGUUGAUUUGUUUUUACGAAAGUUUAAAUUCAGUAAUUUAGUGUUUCAAGUCAUUGUUUGGGCAACAGAAAGCAAAACUGGCAGCACAGAUCUACAUAACUUACUCUUACUACUAUUCUAACUAUUUGGAAAGGUGUUAUAACAAGCUAUUUUAUACCACAUACAAACACAGAUACAGUCUCGGCAUAAGAUUAAUUUCGCAGAAAACAUUACAGAAGUACAUUUCAAAAUUAUCAGAUUGAGUAGUUACAGAAAACAUUUUAAAGUCAAAAUUAAACUAAUAGCGUUACAUAAAAUUUGCGCUUCUCAAGAUUCCGCAACAUUUCCAAUAUUGUGUUCUCAAUAACACUAAACGUUUUGUUUGGAACAAAUGCAAUUGAUUUAUAUUAUCAUUCACAACUAACUAACGAAUUUCACAUUGCUUUACAUUCUUUGCUCAUUGCAUUAUAAAUUGGUGUUAUACCCACUGUCUUAUAAUUUAAUUAGCUUCUCCAAUUUGUAUAAAAUUUUUAAUUCAGCAUUAAGUCUAUAUGUAUAAAUAUAUAUCUGAUCUUAUGGUUGAGUUCUCAGAGUCUCAGUUAAGUUAGACGGAAAAUUACUUCAAUAUUAAUCCGAUAAAGCGCCUGAUUAUCAAUAUAUGUUAUAUGUUAAAAAUAAAAAUUCUUUGAUUUUUAUAUUUGA